AUUGGCGUCUGGAUUUAAGUUUGGUCGAUAUAAAAAGGGUCCUUCAUUCUCUUCCCCUUUUCUUUUUAUUUCUUACUCUUUUUAAAAAAUGAAACUCUUUUCUAUUGUUACUAUAGUUGCUUUGCCUGCUCUUAUAUCUGCUGCCAGAGAAAAUUGUGUAUCCAAUGACAUUGAUUGUAGUGUAAAUCCUUGUUGUCCCGGUUUUGACUGUAGCAGUGAAACUCAGCGAUGCAUCCCGGAGAGACCAAAGAAAUUUUGUAAAAUUUUGGGACUUACAUGUGGACCUGAUUCGAAGAAAUGUUGUCCAGAUACUUCUUGUGAUGCUGUUACCGGAAGAUGUGUCAUCGACCCAUAAGUGAUAAGAAGACUUACUAUAACUUUUUCAUGAAAAUAAAAAUCAUAAAAAUGUAUUAUGCAUUUUGCUGUUGGUGUGACCUU